AUGAGAACAAAUGUUACCCUCGUGUGGGUAACUGUGACGCGGUUAAUUGAGACGAUCGGGCGUCGUUUUGGGCCAAGGAAGGGCAGAAGUCAGCUAAAGUGUUGCCGCCGGCCGGGUCGUCUCGAGAUUGGCCUUGGUCUAACUGUUGCCAGGGCAGUGCGGAUAAAAGGCAGCUUCACUUCAACCAUGCGGAAGCACUCGAAUUUCACGCUUUACCUUGGCAAUUAG